AUGCAGCCAGACCGAUGCUUGCAUGUAUGCUUGCUCGGAGAAGCUGGGAUUGGGCAGUCUGCCUUUCUGCAAUGCUACAAGCAAGUCGCCAGCCUUGCUAGCAGCGGCGCUCAAAGCAAGGACUUCGCCAAGCACUCCGAGCCUUUCGACCAUCUGCCGAACCUGGAGAGCAUGGUUGCGAUGGUGGAGCUUGAGGGGGAGCCGUGCCGGGUGCGCUUCACGGACGGCGCCGCAGGUCCGCGGUUUGAAAGGAUGCAGCAUGCCGCGAUCCACGCCUCGCAUGUCAUCCUCCUUUGCUUCCGUCCGGACAAGCCAGACUCUAUGACCAGCAUCAGGACCAAGUGGUUGCCGAUGUUAUGGCAGAUUGAGUCUGAGACUCCCUGGCUGCUUGUCUCCCUGGCGACGGACCUGCGCGAGCGCUCCAAGGCAUGUGGUGAUCAAGUGCCUAUGGUUUCCCCCGAAGAUGCGGAAGCAUUCGUACAACGAUACGGUGGAUGGGGCUAUAUGGAGUCCUCAGCCUUCUUCCCAGAAACUGUCCAGCUGGUGGUGGACGAAGCACUCAAUGCCGCGAACACCUACUACGGGCUGCAGUGGCAGUUGCUUCCUCCUGCGGUCCCGCAACCGGCUCAGGAGGAGAAGCCGACCUGGACGGCUGCGCCUGUGGACGGGGAGAUGGACCUGUGGCUGCCUCAUGAGACACUGACCGUGCGCGAUGACCCUGUGCCUGUAACGGAGGAUCAGGUUCGGGAAGGCUUGUCGCAGCUGGGCGACACAGGAACCCGGCAACAUGCCUACGUUCGGUGUGAUCUCAUGGGUAUGAAUCUCACCUCCCUCGUCAAGAUUCGGCAGUGGGAGCAACUCCAGUUUCUGAACGUGUCCAGGAAUCGCUUGAGGGGCUUGGAGCCUGUCGGGGCUUUGAGACACUUGCUGCACCUGAACGCCAGCCACAAUCUCUUAAUCAGGAGCCAGAACUUUACAGCACCAGACGGGCUAGAGACAUGUGACAUGUCCUACAACAUGCUGGCCGAGCUGGGAGACUGGAAAGUUCACAGAUAUUUGCGCGAGCUCAAUCUGCGAGGGAACUAUAUCAGCUGCAUCGGCCAUGGGCUCAUGGGCAACAAGGAGCUGCGCAUGUUGGACCUUUCCGAAAACCUCAUCCUGGAUUUACGAAACCUGGACAACUUGGAGCUGCGCACACUCAGCCUGGCACAGAACAAGCUCAACAACUUGGAAGGUGUCCAGCGGCUGUCGAAGCUCCACAGCCUAGACGUGCGGCAUAACAACCUCACCACCUUGGAGGCCCUGCGUGCCCAGGACAUCCCACGCUUGCGCAAGCUGCGGGUGUCGGAGAACCGGCUUUCGCAGAUCAGGGAGGUCGACCAGCUGGCAGACUUCCACUUCCUCAGUGAGCUCUACCUGAACCCCAACCCUGUGUCUCAACUUCCACAGUACCGCGCUCAAGUCUUGCAUCGCCUUCCACGCUUGCGCAACCUGGACUGCCAGCAGGUGAGCCCCGAGGAGCGCGUGAAGACGGAGGUGAUCUACGGCGCAGACGUGGAGACGCGGCAGGAGAUCUUUGAGCAACUUCUGCCGGAAGAGACCUUUGUGGAUCGGCGGCUUAUGACGCAGGAGCUGAUUGCCCAGAUGGAAAUGGAGCAGUUCGGCAGCAACGGCGACGCCGGGCCAUUCGGGCACGAGUCGGUCAUCGGACCAACCUUCGGAGAUCCCCCCAGGACGCGUCUGCAGCACGCCAAGUUCCGACAGCGAGUGGAGCUGACCCGGAACGGCGGGACCCCGGAGGGUGUCGCGGACUUCUCCAAUUACCCGGCCCUGUACCACUCCACGUCGGCCUUUGAUGAAGACCUGCGUGAGAUUCUCGAGGCCGUUGCUGAAGGAGGCUGUGAGGAGCUCGUGUUGGGGGAAGCGCAGAUCACCCCGCAAGGCAUUCGGGAGAUCAUUGCAUUUAUGCAAGACACGCCUUGCAGAUUGUGCUUCAUCAACCUUUCGGGCUGCUCCUCCGCUGCGCUGCUGGGGGCUGAGCUGCUCAAGUCCUUCCCGUUGGACCGUGGCUGCAGCAUCGAGCUCGAGAACUGCGGCCUGGCGGACUCGACGGUGGCCCGCUUGAGGAACAAAUCGGAAGAAGCUUCCAGAGCCCUCGCGCGAGCGGUGGCGGAGCGGCAGCGCAUCGAACAGCGCGUGGCAGAGCACUGGGAGAUGCAGGACUAUUUGGAAGAGCGGGCCGCAGAACUCCGACCCAGCGAGCCGCAGCCUUGGGAAACUCUUUCUUUCCGCGAAGGGCUGGAUGAAAUAGGUCUAUGUCCAAGAACAUCAUAUACAUGUACAUAG